AUGUCACUCGAAACAUUUGGAAAUGAAAAAUCCAUGAAUUUGGAUAAUGUUUUAUUAACAAACAUUCAAUCUUCAUUAUACUUUAAAAAUUUAUAUCCAAAGAGAUCAUAUCAUGAAGUAAUUGAAGAAAUUAAAAGAAAUGUAGAGAUUUUAGCACCAUAUAUACCAAAUACAAAAACACCAUCAACUACUUUUUGUUUAUUGUAUAAAUUCUUUUUAAUGAAAUUAACAGUGAAGCAAAUGAAAGGAUUAUUGGGUAAUAAUGAAUCACCAUAUAUUAGAGCCAUUGGUGCAUUGUAUCUUCGUUAUUGUCAUCCACCAGCAAAUCUUUGGGAUUGGUAUGUCGAUUAUUUGGAUGAUCAAGAAACAGUAUUCAUUUCAAAAAAUACUGAAGUUACAAUUCAAAGAUUUCUAUUGGACCUUUUAAAAGAUAAUAAAUUCUCUGGAACUGUACUCCCAAGAAUACCAACUAAAAUUCAACAAGAUUUAGAUAAGAAAAUUAAAGAUUAUGAAAUAGAAAAUAAUUUAACUUAUAAUAAUAAUAAUAAUAAUACAAAAAAAGAUUCAUAUAGUAGAGAUAAUAGAGAUAAUAGGGAUAAUAGAGAUAGUAGGGAUAGUAGAGAUAGUAGAGAUAGUAGAGAUAACUACAGGUAUAGUAGGGAUAGUAGAGAUAGUAGGGAUAGUAGAGAUAACCACAGGGAUAGUUACAGAGAUAGAGAUUCAUAUAGUAGAGAUAGAGAUAGAGAUAAUAGAGAUAGCUACAGAGAUAACUAUAGAGAUAGUUAUAGAAAUAAUAGUAGAUACAAUAAUGAUGAUAAUGGAAAAGAUUCUUAUGCUGAAGAAUUAGAACGUUUUAAAAAUGAAAGAAAUAAAAGCAGUGGUAGUGGUGGUAGAAAUUAUAGCAAAAGAGAUGACUAUGAUGACUACAGUAAAAGUCGUAGUAAUGAUAGAGAUAGAGACCGUGAUUAUAGUAGUAGUAGUGGUGGUAAUGGUAAUGGUUAUAAAAGAGACAGUUAUUAUAGUGACGAUGAUGAUGAUUCAGAAGACGGUAGAACCUAUGGAGGUAGAAAAAGAAGUAGAUCAAGAAGUAAUAGUAGAGAUAGGGAUUCAAAAAAUAAUUCAACUCAAAAAGAAACAACAACAACUACUACAACUGCAACUACUACAACAGAAAAACAACCAAAAGAAGAAUCCGAAAGUUUAAAAAAAUUAAGAUCAUUAUAUGGUGCAACUUCUGAUCAAGUAUCUCUCGAUUAA